AUGUCCGCAAAGCAAACUCCAAACUGGACAACAGGCCCAUACAUCAUUCAAAGUACACUCCUCCUCAUCGCGCCGGCUUUGUUCGCGGCGAGUAUUUAUAUGGAACUUGGUCGGGUCAUUCUUCUCGUGAGGGGGGAACGGUUCUCGAUUAUAAGGGUGAAUUGGUUGACGAAGAUUUUUGUUGCGGGUGACGUUUUGAGUUUUUUGAUGCAGGCUUCUGGCGCCGGCCUAAUGGUAACAGCCGCAAACGGGGGCUCAACGGACUCAGCAGGCACAGGUAAAAACGUCAUAGUCGGCGGCCUAUUCGUCCAAAUAAUAUUCUUCGGUUUUUUCCUCGUCAGCGCGAUCGUUUUCCAGCAUCGUUUGGUCUCGUCGCGGGGCGGUGGAUAUGCGUCCAGCAUUGACCACCUACCCUGGAGAAAACAUAUGUUCGCGCUGCACACGUCCAGCGUGUUGAUUCUGAUUCGUUCCAUUGUUAGGGUUAUUGAGUAUGUGCAGGGGACGGAUGGGUUUGUUAUGAGUAAUGAGGUGUUUAUUUAUGCGUUUGAUGGCUUGUUGAUGUGGGUUAUGUUGGUUAUUUUUGUGGUUGUUCAUCCGUGUGAGGUGGGGGUUCUUUUGAAAAGGGAGAAGUUGAGGAUGGGGAGGGGGUUUGGCGUGGAUGGGGCUGAGCCUUUGGUUUAG